AUGACUCCUCCUGUGGGAUCACCGCAAGCCCUCGUGGCCUCCCCGUACGACACGGACACGCCCUCGGAAAAGACUGCGUCUGACCCGACUCUGAACCCAAGUGUCAGCCAUGUGGACGGCAAGACCGGGGCGGCUGCCGAUCUCUAUGACCCAAGUCGGUUUUCACACAUUGACGAGGGAAAGGUUUUGAGAAAAAUGGACGUUUUUCUCAUCCCGAUGCUGGCAUUGCUGUACCUUCUUUCCUUUCUUGAUAGAGCCAACAUUGGCAACGCCAAGAUAGAAGGCCUGCAAGAGGACCUCGGCAUGACCGACGACCAGUAUAACUGGUGUCUCACCGCCUUCUUCUUCACCUACGUCGUCUUCGAGAUCCCCAGCAAUAUCCUUAUCAAACGAUUUCGACCGAGUCGCUGGCUGCCAUUCAUCAUGGUCUGCUGGGGCAUCGUGGCGACUUUGAUGGGCAUCGUGAGGAGUUAUACCGGCUUGCUGAUUGCACGGGUGUUUCUUGGUGUGUCCGAGGCUGGACUUUUUCCAGGAGUGGCCUACUACCUGACCAUGUGGUAUUGUCGGCAUGAGAUUCAACUGCGCCAAGCCCUGUUCUUCUCCGCCGCGUCCGUCGCCGGGGCCUUUGGCGGGCUUCUGGCGUUUGGGAUCGGCAAAAUGGACGGUGUGGGCGGCCUCGAGGGCUGGCGAUGGAUCUUCAUCCUAGAGGGCAUCGUGACCUGUGCGGUCGCUGUGAUCGCCUUCUUCUGCCUUUAUGACUUCCCCGAGACGGCCGAGUUUCUGACUGAGGAGGAGCGAGCCUUUGUGGUGCACAGACUCAGGUAUCAAGGUCAAAAAAUCAUGGUCGCCAAGGACGGCGCUGCUCCCAUGGUGGUGGCGCAGGCCGAAGAGUUCAAGUGGGACUAUGUCUGGCAGGCGUUCAAAGACUGGCAGAUCUGGGUCAACAUCAUUGUACUCUGGGGUAUCUCGUGUCCGAUGGCUGGUUUGAGCUUGUUCAUGCCGACCAUCAUCAAAGCGCUCGGAUUCACCUCCAGUAUGGCGCAGCUCAUGACGGUACCCAUCUACACCGCGGCGGCCGUACUUGCGGUCGUCAGCGCCUGGUGCUCGGACAAGGCCGGCAAGCGGAGCCCGUUCGUGCUGGGUUUCAUGACCAUCGCGGUCCUUGGCUUCUCCAUGUGUAUUGGUUCAGGCGAUCCCAAGGUUGUCUACGGAGGCGUCUUCCUCGGGGCCUGCGGCUUGUAUCCAGCGUUCCCCGGUAUCAUCUCCUGGCUGUCCAACAACCUAGCAGGCAGCUACAAGCGCGGCGUCGGCAUGGCGCUUCAGAUUGGAGCGGGCAACCUCGGUGGUGCAUUGGCAGCCAACUUUUACAGGAAACGGGAUGCGCCCCGAUAUGCCAUGGGCCACGGGAUAUCAUUGGGGUUCGAGAUCCUGGGAAUCAUCGCCAUUGUGAUUCUCAUCAUAGGUUACAGGGCGAGUAAUCGACGGCGCGAGAGGCGGCUAGCCGCAGGGGCGAUGGAGCAAUCCACCCCAGAGGAGCUGUCCGCCCGGGGUGACAAGGCGGUCACGUUCCGCUACAUGUUCUGA